AUGGCUGAGAAGAUUAAGAAGAAAACGGGCUUGGAAUGGUCUACUUUCACUGAUUAUCCUGCGGUUCCUAAUGGUAGACUUUGGAUCUGCUGGAAACAUCAAAAAGUAGAAGUCACUGUUCUCUACUCGGAUUCCAAAAUUGUCCACUGCUUAGUCAAAGAGAUUGGAUCCCAAUUCAGUUGCCCGAUGACUUUCGUGUAUGGGUUCAACACAGUUGCUGCGAGAAGAGAAAUCUGGAGACAGCUCAGGGUCAUUAGCUUAUCAAUGGCUGAACCUUGGGUGAUAUUGGGAGAUUUUAACAUUGUUUUGUCUGUAAAUGAUAGAGUUAAUGGAGCACCCAUUCAAGCUCCUAAGCUAGUAGAUUUUCAGGAGUGUGUUGAGGAUCUAAACUUGGGGUUGCUAACAUGGAGAGGGAGUCAGUAUUCAUGGUGCAACAAACGAGAUGCUGAUGACAGAGUGUAUAGCUUAAUUGACAGGGCACUGGGUAAUGAUCUAUGGUUUAUGCAAUAUAGCAAUUUAACAGCUCAUUAUCCCCCCACCCCUCCCUCCCCUGAGUGCUCAGACCAUUCACCAAUUAUUAUCAAUACUGGGGUGGUUCAGCAUAAAUUACCUAGACCAUUCAGAUUAUACAAUGUUCUUAUGCAGCAACAGACAUUUCAGACUAUGGUGACUAAUGUUUGGCGGACACCAGUAAAUGGGUAUGCAAUGUAUGCUACGUGGAGGAAGUUGAAGUUGAUUGAAAUGGAGGCUGCACAUAUGAACAGGGAGUUGACUACGCUAGAGACAAGAAUUGAUGAACUACAGGAGCAAGUCAAAACUAUUCAAAACCAACUCCAGACUGACUUGUUUAAUCCUACUCUUAUCCAAGAAGAAAGGCAAAGGCUAAGGCAACUAGAACACUGGUCCAAUGUCCAAGAACGGGUUCUAAGGCAACAAUCCAGAGCUACUUGGAUCUCCCAUGGGGACUCAAAUUCCAAGUUUUUUCAUGCUUUUUUAAAAGCAAGACAGGCAAGGAAUAGAAUCUCCAAUAAAUGCAAUGAUAUGGGAGUAGUUCUAACAGAAGAUCAGGCACAUCAAGAAUUUUUGGGAUUCUUUAAGAAUCUAUUGGGUACAAGUGCAGCUGAACUCCCAAGUCUUGAUAUUACCAUUGCUAGGGAUGGGCCUUGUCUCACAACUGUCCAUCAAAGGCAACUAGUUGAAGCAGUUACUAAGGAGGAAGUAGUCUCAGCCCUCAAAUCUCUACCCCAGACAAGAGUCCAGGUAUUGAUGGCUUUACUACAGAGUUCUUUAAACAGUUUUGGGAGGUUAUUGGAGAGGACGUGGUGCAAGCAGUAUUGCAGUUUUUUGAGAAUGGCAAGCUGCUCAAAGAGACAAAUUGCACAACAGUGA